UUUUGUUUUCAGAUUUAAUCGCAUAAAAAUGGGAGAAGAUCAAGAUAAUCCUCAGCAUCAUAAUUCAGCCUCUGAGGAAUCAGAUUUAUCCAAAGAAGAAACUGUCAGUCUUAGAAGAAAACAUAUCGGGCCUUCUUGUAAACUAUUCUUCAGGCAGGAUCCUCUAAAGAUUGUACGAGGGGAAGGAGUAUAUUUGUACAAUGAGAAGAAUGAACCCCAUCUUGAUUGUAUAAACAAUGUGGCCCACGUGGGUCACUGUCACCCUCGAGUAGUUGCUGCCGGUCAGAAGCAGAUGGGAAUCCUCAAUACAAACUCAAGAUUCCUUCAUGAUAAUAUUGUUCUGUAUGCAGAGAGAUUAUGUAAAACACUUCCAGGAAACCUAUCCGUGGCCUAUCUGGUGAAUUCGGGCUCCGAAGCAAAUGAUCUUGCUUUAAGAAUGGCGUACCAACACACAGGUAACCGUGAUGUGAUAACUCUUGAUCAUGCGUACCAUGGUCACGUGAUUAGCCUGAUUGAUAUAUCUCCUUACAAGUUUGAUAAACCAGGGGGAGCAGGAUGCCCUGAACACACCUGGGUUGCCCCUGUCCCUGAUCUUUACAGGGGUAAAUAUUGGCAAUCCAAACAUCCAGGGGAGGAUAUGGGAAAACUUUAUUCAAGUGAGGUAGACAGAAUUAUCCAAGAAAUGGGAGAAAAAGGCCGGAAACCCGCCGUCUUCAUCGCCGAGAGCUUACAAAGCUGCGGCGGUCAAAUCAUCUACCCAGAUUCAUAUCUUCCACAAGUUUACCAGUCUGUUCGACAAGCUGGAGGGGUCGUCAUUGCUGACGAGGUCCAGGUUGGGUUUGGCAGGGUUGGGACUCACAUGUGGGCCUUCGAGACUUACGGAGAGUCUGUGGUUCCUGAUAUUGUGACCAUUGGUAAGCCGAUGGGAAAUGGACAUCCUAUAGCUGCUGUAAUAACAACCCCGGAGAUAGCUGAAAGUUUUUCGUCCACAGGUAUUGAGUACUUUAACACUUUUGGAGGAAACCCGGUUAGCUGCGCCAUAGCCAGCGCUGUCCUGGAUGUGAUUGAGGAUGAAAACCUGUUGGAGCAUGCGCAGAAGGUUGGAAAAAUACUUCUAGAUGGUGCACACCGGCUGGCGGCCAAACAUACCGUUAUCGGAGACGUUCGGGGUCGAGGAAUGUUUCUAGGGAUUGAUCUAGUUAAAGAUCGAGAGAGUCGGGAACCUCACACAGCUCUAGCUCAGCAUAUUCUAUCCUGUCUUAGGGCGGAGCGGAUACUCCUGCAGUCGGAUGGACCUCAUAACAACGUGCUAAAGUUCAAGUCCCCCUUGGUAUUCAGCGAAGAGAAUGCCGCAACUCUUCUUGAUGCGAUAGACAGGGUUCUUACGCAGUAUACUCAAUCUGAUUUGUAGUAAACGAGUAUAGCUAGCAAUAUUUUAGCAAAAUCUAGCAUUUUUGCUUGUUUUUCUUCAAACUUCAGAUGAAUUAUUUAAGAAUAAUGUAAGAAAGCAAAUAAAAACUAAUUUCAAC